AUGGCUACUCCAAGUGUUAGGCUAUAUGAUAAGGAUUCUAUCAUAGCAUCUCUAGCAGCAUUAUGUAAAAUAGCUAAUAAAAACGUGAAGGAUAAACCUCUUGUGCAGUCCGGCUGCAAAAAGUCCCUUGCCCAGCGCCCCAGCUCCAGCAGCCGCGAGAUCAAGAAACCCAUAGGCCAUAGGCCUCCCUCUCAGCCUCACGAGUCACGAGUCACGGCCCUCCCCUCACUGAGCUCACCGCCCACGCCCACGCCCACGCCCACCGCCCACCGCCCACGCCACUGCCGGUUAGGCCAUAACCCAUACCCAUUCCUCCCUCUCGGCCUCACGAGUCACGGCCCUCCCCUCACUGAGCUCACCGCCCACGCCCACGCCCACCGCCCACGCCACUGCCGGUCUCUCUCUCUCGCCGCUCCUCCACUUUCAGUCAUCAGACUCCUCUACCGCCGCUCUCUCUUCCGCCGAUGUCGCAUCCGCUUUAUUGUUGAUAAUACGGCAUGGGUGAUUAACGAAGAUUCGGUUGUAUUCGAUGAUGAUGUGGUUGAAAUAAAUACAAUAGGAGAUGAAGAUCCUUCUGUUCAUACGAAUCCGAUGACGAACAAAAGGGUCCAGAAGAAGCGUAAGAGGACCUCAGUAGUUUGGACUCAUUUUGAUGAAAUUCGUUCUAAAGAUGCAAAUGACUCAAGGAUAUGGGCAAAAUGCAAGUUUUGUGAUCAUAAAUAUAUAGCUAACAGUUCACAUGGAACUGGAAAUCUGCAGAAGCAUAUGAAGACUUGUGGGGGGAAAAAUGAUCAUGAUAUUCAGCAAUUGCUCCUAUCUAGAGAUCAAGGAACUCUUUCACUUGAGUGGGAAAGGGUGAUUGAUAUCAGUACUUUUUUGGGCUGCUUUUAUCGUGCUACAUGUGCUUUUUCUGGUACCAAAUAUCCCACAGCCAAUUUAUAUUUUCCUGUAGUUGCAUUGAUUUAUGUGAACUUGAGGCAAGAAGUGGGCGGAGAUGGGUAUAAGAGAUUAAUGGCAAAUCAAAUGCUAGCCAAAUUUGAGAAAUAUUGGUCAGAAUUUAAUGUAGCAUUGGCCAUUGCAGUUGUCUUGGAUCCUCGUUACAAGCUUCGCCUUGUAAAUACUCCUACAACUUCAAGCUCCACAGUCGUUCGGCUACAAGAAGACCCAGAUUGGGAAAAGGAAUUUCUAGCAUUUGAUGGAGUCGAUUCUGAUGCAAACAAGACUCAAUUAGAACUUUAUUUGGAUGAGCCCAAGUAUGUGGAAAAGAAUGCGACAUUUGAUAUCCUUUCAUUUUGGAAAGGAAAUGAAUUUCGUUAUCCUGAAGUAGCUGCCAUGGCUCGUGAUAUUUUGGGUAUUCCUAUUUCGACUGUUGCUUCAGAAUCCACAUUUAGUGUUGGUGGACGUGUGAUUGAUCAGUAUAGGAGUUCACUUAAACCUGAUAUUGUUGAGACAUUAAUUUGUACUAGAGAUUGGUUAUAUGGAGAGCAAGGAAAGCUAUAUACAUUUGGUGCUGGAGAUAAAGGGCAGCUGGGCAUAGAGCUUGUUGCCAACCAGACCGAAAGGGGAAGCCCAGAGCUGGUUGUUCUCUCGUUGAAGUGGCCAUUAUGUAGAGUUGAGUACCCCAGCCUCGUGAACUGCGUCUCCUUUGCCAUUUACCACUUUUCCCCCAAUUCUCCUCAGGCCAUGGCUGCCAGUACCUCCACCUCUUCAUCUUCUUCCUCCCAUCCAAGCUGGACCUAUGACGCCUUCUUGAGUUUUAGAGGCGAAGACACGCGCAAGAACUUCACCGACCAUCUCUAUUUUGCUCUAAGAGAUGCUGGAAUCAACACCUUCAGAGAUGACAACGAGCUUCGAAGAGGAGAGGAUAUUACAUCCGAACUGUUGUCGGCAAUACAAAGGUCCAAAAUCUCUAUCAUCGUCUUCUCCAGAAACUACGCGGCCUCUAGGUGGUGCUUGGAGGAACUUGUGAAGAUCAUGGAGUGCCGAAGAACAGUGAGGCAGCUGGUUCUACCUAUCUUCUAUGAUGUUGAACCGUCGGAUGUGCGCAACCAAACGGGUAGUUUUGCUGAAGCAUUUUUGAAACAUGAAGAGCGUUACUUGUUGGACAUAGACAAGGUACUGAGGUGGAGAAGAGCUCUGAUUGAAGCUGCUAAUUUGUCUGGGUGGGAUCUAACAAACACUGUGGACGGGCAUGAAGCCAAAUUUAUUAGGAAAAUUGUUGAAGCGGUUUUAAGGGAAGUCAACAGCACGUAUUUAUAUGUUACACUCUAUCCAGUUGGAAUAGAUUCUCGCGUGCAAGCCAUCACUUCAUUGUUAAGGGUUGGAGUCGAUGAUGUCCGCAUGGUAGGAAUUUGGGGAAUGGGUGGAAUGGGGAAAACAACCAUUUCUAAAGCCAUAUAUAACCAAUUUUUUCAUAGUUUUGAAGGUAAAAGUUUUCUUGCAAAUAUUAGGGAAACUUCUAAGCAACUUGAUGGUCAGGUUCGAUUACAGGAGCAACUUCUUUCUGAUAUCUUGAAGACAGGCAAGAUAAAGGUGAAUAAUGUUGAUAGGGGAAUUACUAUGAUAAAAGAAAGACUUCAUGAUAAAAGGGUACUUGUUAUACUUGAUGAUGUAGACCAGUUGGAGCAACUCAAUGCCAUAGCUAGAAGUCGUGAUUGGUUUGGCUCAGGAAGUAGGAUUAUUAUAACAACUAGGGAUGAGCAAUUGCUAAAGGCGCUUGAAGUGGACGAAGUGUAUACAGCCCAAGAAAUGAGUGAAAAUGAAUCUCUGGAACUCUUUAGUUGGCAUGCCUUUAGGAAUAGUUAUCCCACAGAAGAUUAUAUGGACUUGUCAAGAAGUGUUGUUGCUUAUUCUGGAGGAUUACCACUAGCUCUUGAAGUUUUGGGUUCUUUUCUAUUCACUAGGAGCAUGCAAGAAUGGAAAAGUGCAUUGGAGAAAUUGAAAAGGAUCCCUAAUGAUCAAGUUCAAACAAAACUUAGAAUAAGCUUUGAUGGAUUAAGUGAUAGUACUCAAAAGGAUAUAUUUCUUGAUAUAUCAUGUUUUUUUAUCGGAAUGGACAAAAACUAUGUUAUACAAAUAUUGGAUGAUUGUAACUUUUUUGCAGAGAUUGGAAUUAGUGUCCUCAUUCAGCGGUGUCUUCUUUCAGUUGGUGAGAGAAACAAACUCAUAAUGCAUGAUUUGCUUCGAGACAUGGCAAGAGAAAUUGUUCGUGAAGAAUGCCCUAAAAUACCAGGAAAGCGUAGUAGAUUAUGGUUGCAUGAGGAAGCAAUUGACAUAUUUGCAAAGCAAGAGGGAACAAAAGCAGUUGAAGGACUUACUUUAAAAUUGCCAAGAUUAAGUACAGUGACUUUCAGUACAAGAACAUUUAUAAAGAUGCAGAGAUUGAGAUUACUCCACCUUGAUCAUGUACACCUUACUGGAGAUUAUGAGCAUGUUUCCAAAGAUUUAAGGUGGCUCCGUUGGCACGGAUUCCCUCUAAAGCUUUUUCCAAACAACUUUUACUCAAGAAACCUAGUUGCGAUUGACUUGCGAUAUAGCAACCUCACACAAAUUUGGAAAAACUCCAAGGAACUGUUCGAGAAGUUGAAAUUCCUAAAUCUCAGUCAUUCUCAUUACCUAUCUCAGACCCCUAACUUUGCUGGACUCCCUAAUCUUGAGAAACUAAUACUCAAAGAUUGUACGAGUUUGUUUGAGGUUCACCAAUCUAUUGGAGAUCUUAAUAAUCUUGUUUUGGUAAAUUUGAAAGAUUGCAAAAGUCUUGAAAGUCUACCAAAGAGUUUCUAUAGGUUGAAGUCUCUUCAAACUCUCAUAAUUUCUGGUUGUUCUAGCAUUGACAAUUUGGCUGAGGAGUUGGGGGAGAUGGAAUCCUUGACAACUUUUCUUGCAGAUGACACAGCUAUAAGACAGGUGCCAUGUACCAUAGUACAAUUGAAGAACCUCAAACACUUGUCAUUGUGUGGGUGUAAAGGAUCACCAUCUAAGACACUCCCGUCACUUCUUUGGUCUUUCAUAUACCCAAGGAAAAGUCCAAAGUCAGUCAAUCUAUUGCCUGCUUCACUACAAGGCUUGAUCUCACUUAGAGAUUUAUGUCUAAGCGAUUGCAACUUAUCAGAUGAUGCAAUUCCUAAAGAUCUUGGGAGUUUAUGUUCUCUUCAAUAUUUAGAUCUACAAAACAAUCAGUUUCAUAGCUUACCAUCGAGCCUUGGUGGUCUUUCAAAACUUCAUACUCUCGAUUUGGAUUAUUGCACAAAGCUUCAAUCAAUUCCAGAUUUACCACCAAGUUUGAAUAGUCUUCGCGCAACAGACUGCACAGCGUUGGAAAGAAUGCCAAAUCUAUCAAAUAUCUCAAAUUUGGAAUAUUUGUACCUCGCUAAUUGCAAUAAAUUAGUCGAGAUUCCAGGCUUGGAUACGUUGUUGAUGUCCAUUAGAGAGAUUCAAAUGGAAGGGUGCAGCAAUCUAACUAAUGCUUUUAAACAAAGAAUCCUGGAGGAAUGGAGUCUCAGAGGAUUUGGUAUUGCUUUGGGCAUUUUUCUCCCUGGCAAUGAUAUUCCUGAUUGGUUUUCGUAUAAGGACGAGGGACCCUCCUUAUGUUUUAAAGUACCUCACAUUAUUGAUGGUAAUAUCCAAUGGUUCACUGUAUGCAUUGUUUACUCAGCAUGUCCUGACAGGAUACUAGGUCUUGGUUUUCCUACCAAUAGCAUUUCAAUAAUCAAUUAUACCAAGGGUAGGACUGAGACUAUGAGUCCAAUAACAACUAAUGCAGUAAAUACCGAUGACGAUGGAGAUCACAUGUGGCAAGCCAAUUUUUCUACACAUUGGUUCCAUUCGGAGGCUGGUGAUGAAGUAGAGGUUAUUGUAGAUUUUGGGUUGGGAUUCGAUGUUAAGAAGAUAGGGGUUUGCCCAGUAUACUACAUGGUUAUUGAUGGAAAAAUGAUUCACUAUGCAUCUACAUCGAAUAAGGGUGUCAUUGUUGUUAGUGAUGAUGAAGAUGCAUCUACAGAUCAGGUUGCAAUUAAGUCUAAAAGAAGCCUCGGUGAUGAUAAAGCAGAAUCGAGCCAUGGUUGCUUGGAUGAUGAACGAGAGCCUAAAAGAUUGAGAUGCGAUCAUAAUUCUGAAAUGAGUAUAGAUGACGUUUGAAGAAGGAAAGCUCAUAUCACAAUAAGCAAGCGCAUUUCAUGAUUUUUUUCCUAAUUAUUUGAAUUAUGAAUCUGGGUUUCUCUAGAUUUGAUUUGUGUUCAAAGAUCUCAAUAUGGAUUCUCAUUUAUUUUUUCUUUUUUUUUUUUUUUUUUUUUUGACAUUGAUUCUGAAGUUGUUAUAACGAUUUCUUGUGGCUUCAGUGGAGUACUUUCAAUUUUUCUAGUGGUUUUAUCACUUUUUGAAUUGCACUUUUGUUUCCUUUUUUCCUACAAGAGUGCAAUCCCUAACCAGUUGGAGGUUUCCAUGCAUCCCUUGGCGUCCAUAUAUAUUAUCUGAAAACUUUGACAGGUUUUAAAAGAAUUCCAGUGUCCUAUUAUCAUGCUUUCGGUGGUUAUUGCUUGCAGGCAGCAGAUACUACAUCUAGGCUAAUAGAGGAGAAGCAAUUGAAAGCCAAGUCAUGAAAGGAAAUCAAAGAUUGUGCUACCACACCUAGCCAUGGCCGCCUCUGGUUUGACGUCCAUCAAGGACAGCUUCCUCUCCCUUGGGUCUUUGAUUUCCCUUGAGACGGGAAUUUUGAUUUCUUUUUAAUAUUUGGUUGUGUUCAAAAUAUUGUAAUGGAAUGUUGAUUGUUGCAGAGUGCAUUUUGGU